AUGGCGCUUAAGAUGAACUCUAAAAAAACGGCAGGAAAAGCAAGCGUACAGGAACCGGAGACAGAUGAAGAGGACUAUGAAGUCGCAGAUCUAUCCGCAAUUCCAACCCCAAAAGUGGAGUUUGUAAUGCCUAAUCUGACGCCAUUGGAUAGUUGCAAAGUAGAGUAUCCCUCUAAUUUUUGCCGGCAACCUCACGUUUCUCAGUUGAAUUAUUGGACAAGUAAGUUAUUUGACAGAUAA